AUGUCUUUCCGGCUCCCGUGUCACCUCGUCCUGAUCUUCUUGGCCGCCCUCGAGGGAGAAAGCAGGUACCUCGAGGUGAGGGACGCGGGCGAGAACGAGCCCUUCCUGCUCCUCGACGCCGAGCUGAAGAGGGAACUCUCCGACGGGCAGAUUUACCGCCGGGCGCUGCGAUGCCUUGACAUGCUGAGUAUAGAAGGACAAUUCACUUUCACUGCAGAACAGCCCCAACUACACUGUGCUACUUUCUUCAUAGGAGAGCCCGAAGAGUUACUCACCAUAGACUUUGACUUUGUCAACAUUGACUGUCAAGCAGGAGAUUUUCUGAAGGUAUUUGAUGGCUGGAUACUCAAAGGUGAGAAGUUUCCUAGUUCUUUGGAUCAUCCUCUCCCCACAUCAGAAAGAUAUACUGAUUUUUGCGAAGGUGACCAUGUAAGAAGAACCAUCAGGUCUUCACAGAAUGUCGCCAUGAUCUUCUUCAGAAUUCAUGUCCCCGGAAAUGGAUUCACAUUAACAAUAAAGAAAAAAAACAAUCUUUUCCCUUGCAAUGCCAUCUCUCAGACCCCUGCUGGAAGGUUUACCAUGGUCAUUCCUCAUCAGCACAGAAACUGCAGCUUUUCCAUAAUAUACCCAGUGGUAAUAAAAAUAUCUGAUCUGAUGCUGGGACAUUUGAAUGGCCUCCACGUAAAGAAGCCUUCUGCAGGUUGUGGGGUAACAGGAGACUUUGUGGAGCUGUUGGGAGGAAAUGGUUUAGAUCCCUCUAGAAUGUUCCCUGUAGCUGAUCUGUGCCACUCCUUCCAUGGCCCUGCUCAAAUGAAGAUCAGCUGUGACAACACUGUGCUACGAAUGAUCUCUAGUGGCAAGCAUAUCAAUCGUGUAACGUUUGAGUAUCAUCAGCUUGAGCAACAUGAACUGGCAAACAGGGAAGAAAACAGCCUUGAAGAAUUCUGUUUCUCCAGUGUAAGAGAAGCCAGACAAGUCACUCUUGCUUGUUAUUUACUGUUAAUGUUGACUUUAUGAAACCUUUCUAAUGUAUA